CCCAGUGUUUAUUAUGUGUCAGUUGGGAAAUUUGAUCAGGCUGCAGUUCAACUCGUGACUUCUCAUCGCAUCACUUGAUUUUCCCUCGCUUCCUCGGUGGUUGCUGACUGAUCAAGAUGAUUAUCUCUUUGGUAUUGUUCGCUUUGCUCUCAGCAGCCUCAGCUUUUCCCCUGUCUGAACAAGAUGAGUUUCACUUCAAGUCAUGGAUGGCACAGUACAAUAAAGUGUACAGCAUGCAGGAAUACCAUGAGAGGCUCCAGAUAUUCACAGAGAACAAGAGGAGGAUUGACAAACACAAUGAAGGAAAUCAAACAUUCACAAUGGGGCUGAACCAGUUCGCAGACAUGACAUUUGGGGAAUUUCGAAAGUAUUUCCUCUUGUCGGAGCCACAGAACUGCUCUGCCACCAAGGGGAACCAUUUCAGCAGCAAAGGACCACUUCCAGAUUCCAUCGACUGGAGAAAGAAAGGGAACUACGUGACAGAUGUGAAGAACCAGGCAGCCUGUGGUAGCUGCUGGACCUUUUCCACAACUGGCUGUCUGGAGUCUGUUACUGCCAUCAACACUGGGAAGCUUGUACCACUGUCAGAACAACAGCUGAUUGACUGUGCCCAGGACUUCAACAACCAUGGAUGUGACGGCGGCCUUCCUAGUCAAGCAUUUGAAUACAUCAUGUACAACAAGGGACUGAUGACAGAGGAGGACUACCCAUACAAAGCUAUUGAACUUACUUGUGUGUACAAGCCAGAACUAGCAGCUGCUUUUGUGAAAGAUGUUGUGAACAUAACCCAGUAUGAUGAGAAAGGAAUGGUAGAUGCGGUUGCUACGCUCAAUCCUGUCAGCUUUGCCUUUGAGGUGACCUCCGACUUCAUGCAUUACUCUGAGGGAGUGUAUACCAGCACUGAAUGCCACCAAACCCCAGACAUGGUGAACCAUGCUGUGUUAGCAGUAGGGUACGGACAGCAGGACGGCACCCCUUACUGGAUAGUAAAGAACUCAUGGGGAUCCCGCUGGGGGGUUGACGGAUAUUUCCUCAUUGAGCGUGAGAAGAACAUGUGUGGACUUGCUGCCUGCUCGUCUUUCCCAGUGGUGUGAUUCCUGCAUGAAAGCAAACUACAAAAGGGCUGAAAAGGGAGCAACAUAUUUUUUACAAUACUUUAAUAGUGUUUUAAAUAUCAAUCACUAGCUUACUGUGUGUCCAUGUACAGUGGGCAAAAUGUAGUAAAUCUUAUGCCCCAGUGAAGUACUGUGAUAAAUGUAAUCUACAAAUAAAAAAUGAUCACUUAAGUAUCCAUCAUUUAAAUAAUUCUACUGAAAUAAUAAAUAAAAUCUAUUGCGUUUUUUUUGUUUUGAGUCUUUUAUGACUGUUACAUCUGUGUGCAAGAUGUUCAAAUAUGAAGACUAGUAAUAAAGAAAGUACAACAAUAAA